AAGGAAGGAAGGGAAAAAGGGGGGGAAGAUGACGACGCCUGAGCCGGACGGAGCGGGGAAUUUCUUCUCGGGACUUGCGGAUUUGCCACCGCCGGGCUCCAUCGUCGGGUUCCGGGAAGCGUCGCCGGCCUUCCCCGGCGCCGCUCGCUGAUUUCUUUCGCUUCGCCGACUUGGGGCGUCCCCGAAUGCGCCGCCGGAGGGCUGAGGAAGAAGCCGAAGAAGAAGAAGAAGAAGCCGAAGGAGGAGGAGGAGGACGGCCGCCCGGCUCCCCGUUUGGCUUCCAGCAGUUGGAGGUGCAGCGGCAACGGACUGUCGGAAAACCAUAGCUUGGAUGUGAUGCAGCCGGCCAGUUUCUUUUGGCAAAGAAGUCAGCCUUCCUUUGUGGACAUCUUGGAACCCUAAAACCCUGAAGAAGGAUCUAUAAACAGAUUAUCAUGGACCUGAGAGAUUUUUACCUGUUGGCUGCUCUGAUCGCCUGCUUGCGGCUGGAUUCUGCUGUCGCUCAAGAACUUAUUUACACCAUCCGAGAGGAACUGCCUGAAAACGUGCCCAUUGGAAACAUACCAAAGGAUCUGAACAUUUCUCACAUCAAUGCUGCCACAGGAACCAGCUCUAGUCUUGUCUACAGGCUGGUCUCCAAAGCAGGAGAUGCCCCUUUGGUGAAAGUCUCCAGCACCACGGGGGAAAUCUUCACCACCUCCAACCGGAUCGACCGGGAGAGGCUCUGUGCUGGGGCUGCUUACGCAGAAGAGAAUGAGUGCUUCUUCGAACUGGAGGUGGUGAUCCUUCCCAAUGACUUUUUCAGGCUGAUCAAGAUCAAAAUCAUCGUGAAGGACACCAACGACAAUGCUCCCAUGUUCCCGUCCCCUGUCAUCAACAUCUCCAUCCCUGAAAACACGCUGAUCAACAGCCGCUUCCCCAUCCCUUCCGCCACAGAUCCCGACACUGGUUUCAACGGAGUCCAGCACUACGAACUUUUGAAUGGGCAAAGUGUCUUUGGGUUGGAUAUCGUGGAAACUCCGGAAGGGGAGAAGUGGCCUCAGUUGAUUGUGCAGCAAAAUCUGGACCGGGAGCAGAAAGACACCUAUGUGAUGAAAAUCAAGGUGGAGGAUGGAGGAACGCCCCAGAAAUCCAGCACAGCCAUCCUUCAGGUCACAGUAAGUGAUGUCAAUGACAACAGGCCAGUGUUUAAAGAGAGCCAGGUGGAAGUCCAUAUCCCUGAGAAUGCCCCGGUAGGGACCUCUGUCCUCCAGCUUCAUGCCACAGAUGCAGAUGUGGGAAGCAAUGCAGAAAUCAGAUAUAUUUUUGGGGCCCAGGUUGCUCCGGCAACGAAACGACUCUUUGCUUUAAACAACACCACUGGGCUAAUCACGGUUCAGAGGGCCUUAGAUCGAGAAGAGACUGCCAUCCACAAAGUGACAGUCCUGGCCAGUGAUGGUAGCUCAACUCCUGCCCGGGCCACUGUUACCAUCAAUGUGACUGAUGUUAAUGAUAACCCUCCUAAUAUAGACCUCAGGUACAUCAUAAGCCCCAUCAAUGGCACAGUGUACUUAUCUGAGAAAGAUCCUGUCAAUACCAAGAUUGCGCUAAUUACCGUCUCAGAUAAGGACACAGAUGUGAAUGGCAAAGUCAUUUGUUUCAUCGAAAGAGAAGUGCCAUUUCACUUGAAGGCCGUUUAUGACAACCAGUACCUGUUAGAGACCUCUUCCUUGCUGGACUAUGAGGGCACCAAAGAAUUCAGCUUUAAAAUAGUGGCCUCUGACUCGGGCAAACCCAGUUUGAACCAGACCGCCCUAGUCAGAGUCAAACUGGAGGAUGAAAACGACAACCCUCCCAUCUUUAGCCAGCCUGUGAUUGAGCUGUCUGUUUCUGAAAACAACCGGCGGGGUCUCUAUUUAACCACGAUCAGUGCCACCGAUGAGGACAGUGGUAAGAAUGCAGACAUUGUAUAUCAGCUUGGCCCCAACGCCUCCUUUUUCGAUCUGGAUCGUAAGACGGGCAUUUUGACAGCUUCUCGGGUGUUUGACCGAGAAGAACAGGAGAGGUUCAUUUUUACAGUCACGGCCAGAGACAAUGGGACUCCUCCCUUGCAGAGCCAAGCGGCUGUGAUUGUUACGGUGCUAGAUGAGAACGACAACAGUCCCAAAUUCACGCAUAACCAUUUUCAGUUUUUCGUGUCGGAGAACUUACCAAAGUAUAGUACUGUAGGAGUGAUCACAGUGACGGACGCAGAUGCAGGUGAGAACAAAGCUGUGACUCUCUCUAUCUUGAAUGACAAUGAGAACUUUGUUCUGGAUCCUUACUCUGGAGUUAUAACGUCAAACGUGUCUUUCGAUCGCGAGCAACAAAGUUCCUACACCUUUGAUGUCAAGGCUAUCGAUGGAGGACAGCCACCCUGCUCUUCAACUGCUAAGGUCACCAUCAAUGUAAUGGAUGUGAAUGACAAUAGCCCUGUGGUCAUCUAUCCCCCUUCCAACACGUCUUUUAAGCUGGUACCUCUCUCAGCUAUCCCGGGAUCGGUGGUAGCAGAAGUGUUUGCUGUUGACAUUGACACGGGAAUGAACGCUGAACUGAAAUACACAAUAGUCAGCGGAAACAACAAAGGCUUGUUCCGUAUUGAUCCUGUGACGGGUAACAUCACCCUGGAAGAGAAACCGAUUCCAACUGAUGUAGGCUUGCAUCGGUUGGUGGUCAACAUCAGCGAUCUGGGCUACCCUAAAUCCUUGCACACCCUUGUCCUUGUGUUUCUGUAUGUCAAUGACACUGCAGGAAAUGCCUCGUAUAUUUAUGACCUGAUCCGGAGGACUAUGGAGACCCCUUUGGAUAGGAAUAUUGGGGACAACAGCCAGCCCUACCAAAACGAGGACUACCUUACCAUCAUGAUCGCCAUCGUGGCAGGGGCCAUGGUGGUCAUUGUGGUCAUCUUUGUCACCGUGCUGGUCCGUUGUCGUCACGCUUCCAGGUUCAAAGCUGCCCAGAGGAGCAAGCAAGGGGCCGAGUGGAUGUCUCCCAACCAGGAGAACAAGCAGAACAAGAAGAAGAAGCGGAAGAAAAGGAAAUCCCCUAAGAGUUCCCUGUUGAAUUUUGUGACCAUUGAGGAGUCCAAACCCGAGGAUGCUGUUCACGAACCUAUCAACGGGACCAUUAGCCUUCCAGCUGAGCUGGAGGAGCAGAGUAUAGGAAGAUUUGACUGGGGUACUGCACCACCCACCACCUUUAAGCCCAACAGCCCUGAUCUCGCCAAGCAUUACAAGUCUGCCUCUCCCCAGUCUGCUUUCCACCUUAAGCCGGACACUCCCAUCUCGGUGAAAAAGCAUCACGUGAUUCAGGAGCUGCCCUUGGACAACACCUUUGUUGGAGGGUGUGACACCCUUUCCAAACGCUCUUCCACUAGUUCAGACCACUUCAGUGCCUCAGAGUGCAGUUCGCAAGGAGGCUUCAAGACAAAAGGCCCCUUACACACCAGACAGGUAAAUGAGCACUUUUACUGGUCUAUAAGUACUGCAUACAAGUGCCCACUCAACCAGUAUUAAAGUGCCAGGAGGAAUUCUUGGCCUUCGGGAUAACUUUUAGAUUAGUUUUUACUUAAGGAGAGAGAGAGAGGAAAGAAAAGGGGUGACAAGGUUUUUCACCUCCCAGGACUAUGCAUUUGUAUUAAAAGAAAAAAAAAAAAGUGAUCCCAAAGUGAUACAUCAACAACUUUUUUUGGCUUUGCUUUUAGGACAAAUGGCACAUGCACACACCCUCAUUCACACCCAUUCACCAACAGAGAUGCACGCAUGCACACAGGUACAAGGACUCGUGCUUAAAAGCAAUGGUAUUGUGUUUUUUGUCAAAAACGUAUCAGGGUAGGGCAUUAUUGAAGAUUAAGAAUGGGGCUUACUCUGCCAGAUUCAGACCAAGGGGAGGAAAUAUUAGAUGAUCCAAAAUGUUUCAGGAUUAAAUAUAUUAAUUUCCAAUGGAAGAGCAGUUGUAUUUUCACAGGAGGCGGGUUUGACCGUUCUCCUCCCACCCCCGUUUAUUUCCUGCUGAUCUGGAACCAUUUGUUACGUUACCGUUUUUCAGGAGCUGAUUUUUGUCUUCACCAAGGCUCAAAGGUUGUGUUGCACUGUGUUGGUUGGGUAGGAGACAACUAAGCUGUGAGGCCGUGUUCCUCUGUUCCGAAUUACAAUGGUUUCAGUUGUGUAGUAGUAAAACUAUGUGUCUGUUAAGGAAGAAAAAAAAAGUUGCAUUUUAUUGGUGUGUGCUUUUGUUCAUCUUCCUGUUUGAAACGGCCAAAGUACACCUUCAAGAGGAAGGCAUUUGUUUAUAACGGAGGAAAAAAAGGGGGG